AUGCUUUUACACGCGAAAAACUCACCAAUACCUAAUCCAAACGCGCACAUCAUUCAACGCAGACUCUCGUCUUCAUCUUCGCGCGUUUGCUCCUCCACGAGCCAAAACAUAGUCGAAUGGAUAUCUUCGGUCACGUCCGACCCGUGCGAGAGCAGAGUUAACAUCGAAACGAAUGCGUUUGGGGUGAGAGGUCUCGUCUCGCAAAAACAACUCUCCCCCGGGGAAGUUAUCUUCGAGAUUCCAUUUCGGUAUUGUUUCCAGGACGAUUACGAGAACGAGUCCUCUUUAAGUUGGUCGGCGAGGAUGGGGAUGAAGUUAUUGGAGGAGAGAGCGAAAGGAGAAAAGUCGGAGAGGUAUGAAAAAUGGAUCGAGAGUUUACCGGUGGAUGCACCGUUUCUACCCGGGAUUGCAAUGACAGAGGAGGAGAUUCAGAGACUGAUUCGAUACCCUCCGUGCGUGAUGAACGCUUUGAAGGAUAAAGAGCGACACGAAGAGAGUAAGCGGCUCUUGAACGAGCGAUUAGCGAACAUAGGGUGUAAUGAGGCAGAUUUAGAUUGGGCGGCUGGGUUGAUGGAAUCGAGAUGUUUCAAACAGGGCGGCGUUCGUGUGACUGCUCCCGGCAUCGAUUUGUGUAACCACGCGGGGGAUAAAGCGAACUGUAUCGUCCGGUUCGUCUCGGAGGUUCCUAAAGAUAACGACGACUUGGCAAAAAAGGAAACGAAAAUGAAAUUGCAAGUGUCGCCAGAUCGAUUUAAACCAAUCGAGAAAGGAGAGGAGAUUACCAUUUCGUACGGAUAUCAAUCGAACGACAUCUACUUUUCGUAUUUCGGCUUUGUUCCUUUCGACAACGAUAACGACACCGCGGUGCUAUUUGAAUCCGUGGAGGAUUUAUCCGAGUUCUUAAAGCUCGCCGGUGAAGAGAUCCAAAGCGAUCUGUGUCGAAACGAAACCACCGACAAUUUAGCCGCUCGCAUCCUCUCGUCCACCUCCUCCUCAUCCUCUUCGCAAUCCUUCUCCAUCGCGGCCAACGGGAAAAUCGAAUCGAACCUCUCCAAAGCGUUCGACGCGUGCGAGUUGAACCAAUCGCAACGAGCGAUCGUCAUCCAAAAGCGAUGCCACGAAAUAUUAACCAACGGGCCAUUCGUUGGCACGACGGUGAGGGAAGAUUUACGCAUAGCCGAAUCGGAGGAGGAAGAGGAGAAGCACAGAGUCUGCGCGCGAUAUCGCGUCGCGAAGAAAGAGAUUUACGCGUUUCCUUUGAAGAAGAAACGCUAA